CAAAAAAGUGAGAGUUUUGACAACCGCGAAUUAGCCAAUCCCAUUCAAUGACGCGGAAAUCAAGAGGAUCUUCGUCAUUCAAGCCCUGGAUGGUUGAUGGGAGCGACAGACAGAUAGAUAGCACUCGCCAAGACGAGCUUCAAGACUUCAAGAAAGACGAAGCAGGCAUCAAUCAAACAAGGGACAAAAAGUGCCAAUGGCUGAUGUAUAAAUUCUAUCAUCGAAUGCUGCACACGCAUUUGAACUGUCUGGUUGAUUGAUUGAUAGAGUUGCGAAGGUCAUUGGUCGUUGAACCGUGACGAUCACAAGAUCCGUCAGUGGGAAUGUUGAGCAGCUGAGUGCAUACAUAUUAUCACACAAGUAUUAUCAUUCAUCAGCAUUUCUCGUAUCGCUCUCAAACAAGCAUUGUUUCACAUUAACCAUGGCGGCUCCAACUAAAACUUCUCGGGGGUAUAUACCCUUGCUUCUCCUGGUUUGGUCGGCCAUGGGUAGCAUCCAUGUUACCAAUGCCUUUGUACCUACCAUACAACCUGGUCUGAUGGUACCGGUCGAGACCACCAAAGCCAUGCCCAGAAGUGCUCUUGGCCCUCUAUGGUCCACCAUUUCGGAAGAAGAAGAGAUUGACAGGUCGUUGUUAAAAAAGCAACCAAACAAGCUCAAAGGAAAGAAAAUCCGAGUCAUCGCCAAGAAGGCAAAGGAGGAGGACGCGAACUGUCUCGAGCUGGACCCCGUGGGACGCCUACGACUGUGCCAUACACCGGAUAUUCUUCUGCAGGGGUUGGAUCCCUCCGUUUGGUCCGCCAGUCGGCCCAAGUCGGGGAAAACCAACAGCCUCUUCUUGCAUACGUCUCAUCCCGAGAGUCAGUCUGAACAUCAAACGUCUUUGGGUAGUUUGAUCUCGUGUCGACGAUUGUUGGCGUGUGCCCGACAAAACCGCUAUUGGAUGGGCCCAAAAGCAGGCGAAGGACCAGAGGACAUUCCCUUUGACACACAGUUCCUGCUGAUUGAAAUUGAAGAAGAUCAGCAAUAUGCUCUCAUGCUACCCCUUGUGGAUAACGGGUUUCGGGCCAGUUUGAGUCACAAUGCCGGGGCCAAUCAAAUUGAAGUGGUCUGUGCCGCCGAAAGUGGAGAUGCCGCCGUCACUGGCACAGGAAUGCGAGCACUCUACGUGGCGGUAGGAGAGGACCCAUUCAAACUCGUCCAGGAAGGGUUUGCCAAUGUAGCAGAAGCCACAGGUACCUUUCAGACGUUGGAUAAGAAGAAAGUGCCCUCCAGUAUCAAUGACUUUGGAUGGUGUACGUGGGAUGCGUUCUACUCCAAAGUUUCACCAGAGGGCAUCUUGGAAGGAGUGCAAGCACUCAAGGAUGCCGGUGUACCACCUCGAACUAUCAUUCUAGACGAUGGAUGGCAGCAAGUGAACCCGUCUCCUCCUGAUUGGCUGGAGCCGAAAGAAAAGAAGGAAGAAAAGGAUGACAACAUCCUCAGUUCCAUCAUGAAUGCCAUUGUAGAGACUGUCGCCAAUCCCUUUGUCAAACUGGUCACUUCCUUUUACACCAAUGUUGUGCGAACCGCCCCACAUGGAUCAAUUCCCAAUAUGAUAUGGAGUUUCCUGGCCAACAAUGUCCUAAAGGGGGGACUGUGGGACUUUUUUGACAGUGAAACCGAUUUCAACAGACAACUGGACGGGUUUGAGGCCAACCACAAAUUUGAAGGAAGCGACAAAACGCUAAAAGGUCUCGUUACGGAACUCAAAGAGGAUCAUGGUAUCAAAUCAGUCUAUUGCUGGCAUGCACUUCACGGAUACUGGAGGGGUGUUUCCGAGGAUGUGGGACGACGCUACAAUCUUGACGUGACAAACAGUUUCCCCAAACCAUCGCAGAGUCUGAUGAAAUUGGAACCCCACGCUGCAUGGGAUCCAGUCAGUCUCUUUGGAGUCGGUGUCAUGACCAACAAAGACGACUUGGAAAAAUUCUACACACAUUUGCACACACCACUCGUCCAAGCGGGAGUCGACGGCGUGAAAGUCGACGUUCAAUCGGGUGUGUCUUCCGCGGGAGAUGGAGUGGGAGGUGGACCUCACAUUUCCAAGCUGUACAUGAAAGCUAUGGAGGCAUCCGUCUCAAAGCGAUUUCCCUCUGACAACGGAGCCGUCAACUGCAUCAACUGCAUGUGCCAUUCCACAGAGAAUCUCUACCGACACAAGGAGACUUCCGUGGCCAGAGCAUCCGAGGAUUUCUUCCCCGACAGACCGGAAUCCCAUACUGCCCAUCUCGUCAAUGUGGCGUACAACUCACUCUUCCUGGGCGAAAUAUGUCUACCGGACUGGGACAUGUUUCAUUCCAAGCAUGAGUCAGCCGAGUUGCACGCUGCAGCACGGGCUAUUGGAGGAUGUCCCGUCUACGUAUCGGACAAACCAGGACAACAUGAUCCGGAGCUCUUGUCCAAGUUGGUCAUGCCUGAUGGUAGCCUACUACGCGCCACCCAACCAGGUCGGCCCACUAGAGACUGCCUCUUUUCUGACGUGACAGCCGACCAAAAGACGGCUCUCAAAAUCUGGAACAUGAAUCAAAACGGAGGCGUCGUGGGUGCCUUUAAUGUUCAGGGUGUAGCGUGGAACUUUGACACGCAUGAAAACGAAGUUCUGGAUCCCUCACCCUCUAGCGUUACGACCCUUGUGAAACCUUAUGAUAUUGAGUAUCUGCGAGACGCUCAAGGUCCAUUUGCAGUCUGGCGUCAUCGCACGGGCACUAUGGACUUUCUGGAGGAUGGUAACAGUGCUGUGAAAACCAAGCUCCAUCAUCGAGACUGGGAAAUAUUCACCAUUUGCCCCAUCCAGGUGAAAGGACUCAUCAUGUGGGCACCUAUUGGACUCCCGGACAUGAUGAACACCGGAGGGUCUAUUCUCUCCACUGGAGAGUUGGAAGAGGGAACGGACGGUACAACUCGGGCUAAGUUCGAAACCAGAGGACCUGGCCGUUUCGUGUCCUUUGCAAACACGAAACCCAAGCGGGUGCUUCUUGCAGGAGGCAGUGCCAGCGAGUCCCAACAACAACGACAACAAAGCCUUUCCUUCAGCUACGACAAGGAAUCUGGAGAAUUGUCUUUUGAUUUGCCAGAGGAGCUGUCCGAAGGAGAGGCACACCACAUCACUGUAGAAUGGUGAUUACACCACGACAACGAAGCAACAACAUCCUGAAGGGCCCCGAGUUUUUGGAUUUAUUUGUCUGUGUGAGCGCGAUGGAUGGAGCCAUUUGUACAGAAAAGAAAGGGAGCCAUUCUCAUUGCCUGCUAGCUAGCUAGGUUACGACAACUUAGAACGACCCAAAACCGCCAUGUAAUCAAGACACUUGUCAAUAAUCUAAAUACACAACAACAAUACUCAAUUCGGGCCAGGAGUUGGCUGCCCAAACGCAACAACAAGUAAAAGUGAGUAAAAGAUAUGAAUAGCUAAGCCAAGAAUAGAAACCCAAAUUGAAGC